CACCUCCACACAAACUAAUUGCCAAAAAGAGGCCCUCUCAACCCAGACAAGGUGGAAAGAGUUAAAAAAAACAAAACAAAACAAAAACCCCCCAAACUUAUCCCACUUACAAUGCCUCGGUAUAACAUCCUAAUUUGAAAAUGUCCGGGUCAACAAUUUCAAAAAGGUGGCAACUUAGCGAUCUAUGUGAAGACGUGUUAUCGUGCUUUUCCCUUUGAGUUAGGCGUGCUGGAAGAUCAUUAAUUGUAUCGUGUAAUUAUUCGACGAUAAGAAUGGGCGAUUCUGAAGAUAAAACAACUUAUGCAGUGUGUGCCAUAAUAGUAGCGGAGCUGGAAAAACAAAACGAAAACAAACGGCGUAGAAAGAGGGGGCCUACCAAAACUUGGAUAAAAAGACGAAAAGAUAAAGGGGCCUUCUUGAACUUAAAUCUAGAGUUGAGAGGCGAGGAUCCUACUUCAUACAGGAGGUGGCUGCGGCUAACAGAAAGCCAGUUUGAGCAUCUUUUGAAUGAAAUUUCCCCCAGAAUUCAGAAGGAAAAUACAAAGUUUGGGAAGCCAAUAUCUCCCGCUGAAAGACUGACUGUCACGCUCCGGUUUCUAGCCACAGGAAGUACAUUUAGAGACUUAUCUUGGGAAUUCAGAAUUGGCGAAAGAACGAUAUCUUACAUAGUCACGGAAACAUGUGCCGCUUUGUACGAGACCUUAAAAUAUACAUUUCAAGUGCCAACAUCGAAGGAACAUUGGAUGGCUAUUGCCAAGCACUUCCAAGAUCGGUGGAAUGUGCCCCAUUGUUUGGGAGCCAUUGAUGGAAAGCAUAUUGUGAUGAGGAAGCCCAUCAACAGUGGUUCUCAUUACCAUAAUUACAAAGGGACUGAAUCAAUUGUUCUUUUAGCAGUUGUGGAUGCAAAUUACACAUUUCGAUAUGUUGAUGUUGGCACACAAGGUAGGAUCAGCGAUGGAGGUGUGUGGAACAAAUGCAACUUAAAGGAGCUUAUAGAUGUAAAUGCUCUUGACAUACCUCCAGCUCAUCCGCUUCCAGGUCAAGACAUAGUCACACCAUAUGUCUUCUUAGCCGAUGAUGCUUUUGGCUUGAAACCGUAUAUCCUGAAACCUUAUGGUGGAAGUGAUUUGACUCUGGAAGAACGGAUAUGCAAUUACAGAAUUUCACGUGGCCGCCAAGUAGUGGAGACAGCUUUUGGAAUUUUUUCAAACAGACUACGGGUGUUCCUGAACCCCAUACUGUUGCAGCCAGACAAAGUGCGCACAUUAGUACUUGCUGGUUGUGCGCUUCACAACUUUUUAAGGAGCCAUGAAAACACAGCAUCAUGGCCAGUCGAUUAUGUGGACAGAGAAGAUGUGGAAACCGGUAUCACUGUGCCUGGUACAUGGAGGAGUGAGAUUCCUGUACAGCCCGGGACAGAUAUACAUCUUCCACAAGUGGCCACCACCUACUCCAACUUUUACAGCUCAGAGGCAAAAGCUGUAAGGGAUAACUUUAAAGAAUUUUUCAUGUCCGAUGUUGGUGCCGUUUACUGGCAACAUCGUUUUGUGUAGAUAUUAUGUACAAUUGAAAGAAUUAAAAAUAAUGUAAUAAAACAAACAUUUAUUAAACAUAACAUAAUAAAACAAACAUUUAUUGCUUUAAAAAUUGGCCCUUGAUUGUUUAUAAUAUUUGAGCAAAAUGCCCUGUAUUUCAUAUUUGGCUUCUUCCCGCAAGUCUUCAUUAAUUUUCAUUAAACUGAGGGCGACGUGAUUACCAAAAUUUUGUUCUAUACAUGCUGGGGGGUUGCUGGGCUUGUUUGCCAGGUAAUCCACAGCCCUUUUGUACAGCUCGGAAUUGAGAGAGGAAGAUG